ACAAUUUAUGGUUAUUUAAUGUUUCCUUUUCUUUUACUCAAAUUUUAUCAUGCAGAUUUGUUUAAUAAGAUUGUUUAGAAAGGGUGAAGGUGUUAUAAUCUUGGAGAACAGUUAGUUUUUUUAACCUUGCAAACUUAAAGGUGAUGUUUCCUCUUAGAUCCGUUUCUUGGGCCUGGUUCUUUUAAAUUUAUCUGCCAUUAAAUUGUCUUCAGAUUUAUACAUGGCUCGCACAGACCUUGAACGGUCCUUGAAAAAUUGUUAUAUCCUUAAAGAGUUCUUAAAAAUGAAAAAUUUAGGUUUUCCAAUUUUACCAGCAGUCCUUUAAAUUUGUUGACAAGUCCCAGAAGACCUCAGACUACACCAUAAAACAGGGCAAUAUUGACGCAAACUGUAGGUUGAGAAAAACGAUUCAAGUCGCAAAAGAUUGAUUUUGAUGAUACAGGAAUUGAGUGAUCAUUAUAUGAAGUAUUUCUGUCCUCAGCAGGCUCUUAAGUAUUCUGUAUUUUGUGUCACCGGCCGAAACAAACUUUAACAGCUGAUUCGAAGGGGAACGAGUCCUUGAAUGUUGCUGAAAUGUCCUUGAAAAAGCACUGAAUAGUCCUUGGGGAAGAAGGACUGAAGUUUGUACAAAUCAUGUAAUUAUUUCAAGUGUAAUUAAGUAACAGUUGACAACCUUUUCUACCCUAUUCAGACUUACUACAUCUACUAUGGGCCCUUGACAAGUGGAGUCAAUCUUCGGCCAGUGGGUCAUACUUCAGCGAUGAGUUUUGCGGUGGGCAACUUGCAACAGGACAUUGUUUAUGUGUUUGAGGUGUCCGUGGGUUUGACGGGGAAGCACAGUGAUCCAGUCAAUUCCAAGACAUUAUUUGAUGCGGAAGAUGAGCCUGUACAUAGUCUGAAGGCUGUUGUUACCGAUUUCAGUACUAUUGUCCUAACUUGGGAAAAACCAGCGGGCGUAUCUUCAGAUGCCAUCAAAAACUAUACGAUUGAGGAGUCUUUCAAAAAUCCGAUGUCGGGACUUACAACAAAGGUCAAGGCAGACACUGUCGGCAAGGAAACUGCCUACACCUUCAACCACCUCUAUUUUAGUACCAGCUAUUCUUUUGUCGUAAAGACAAGAUUUUACAAAGGUGACCAGCUUGGUAGGGGUGUUACCAUCGUGAAAAUGACCGGUCCUUUCUCAGCUUCUGUUGGGCCCUUGCAGAAAACAAUUCAAGACAACACUGUCAUACUGUCUUGGUCUGCGCCACGGACAAUUAAUUUGAACAGAGGUCUCAAGAAUUACAACAUCUCUUGGACAUGUCCUGGCUGCUACUCUCAGAGGUCUGAUUCAAAAGUGUCAUUGAAGGACACGACAACCCACGUACCUAACCUGGAGCGGGACCAAACCUAUAGCUUCAAUGUUUACGCAAAUACCAUCUUUGGUCCUGGAGAGAUAUCCACCACAACAGCCACAAUAAGUCGCUAUUUCGGCCAAGUUCAAAAACUGAAACAGAACUUUGAAAAUCACACCUUGACGCUUCAGUGGGAUCAACCCAGUGAUGUGGAAGCCAAAGACAUUAAGCGUUAUUUAAUUUCUUGGUGUGACACCACAAAGUACAGGUACUGUUACAUACUCAAUAGCACAAAUGUCACUGGAGGUCAGACUCAGUUUAAGACACCUCUUUUCGCUGGAGACACCUACACGUUUUACGUUCGAGCUGUAACAGCUUAUGGAGAGNCGCCCGUAGGCAUUCUAUCACAUGAUACUGCCAGAAUUGCGAUCAGAUGGAAACCACUCUCUAGAGGGUGGAGCGAUCCUUGUAGUAGAAAUAUACCGAAAUGCAGUGCGUCGUUGUUUGAUUCAGGUCCUUGCGGGCGUUAUUCGCUAGUGGUGACCAAAUAG